AUGGAGGCCCCUGAGGAAGAGUCACCUGCUCUGGCACCCCCUCAGCCUGCAAAGCUUGGUGAAGAACUUUCUCUCAAAACUCAGGGGAACCAGUCAGGAGACAUCGACUCCUAUAACUUGACCAUUCUUCAUUUCAACGAUGUUUAUGAUGUGGACUCCAGUACUGAAGAGCCUGUAGGAGGCGCUGCUAGGUUUGCCACAGCUGUGAAAAGAUUCAGCAUCCUGAAUCCGCUCCUGAUUUUCAGUGGUGACUGCUUAAAUCCUUCCAUCUUAAGCACGAUAACAAAAGGAAAACACAUGAUCUCCAUACUAAAUGAAUUGGGAGUACAGUUUGCAGUUUUUGGAAACCAUGAGUUUGAUUUUGGCGUUGAUAUUUUGGAAGAGUAUAUGAAACAAAUGCACUUUACAUGGUUCCUCAGUAAUGUCCAUGACAGAUUUACAUCUGAGCCUCUUGGACAUGGUACAGUCAAAAAGAUAGUUAACUGGAACAAUCGGAAAAUUGGCUUAAUGGGACUAGUUGAAGAAGAUUGGCUUGAUACUCUGGCCACAGUUAAUAAGGCCAACGUAAACUAUAAAGAUUAUGUGGAAGCUGCUAAUGAGCUAGCCCUGGAGCUCAGAGCAGAAGGAGCUGAUCUUGUGAUUGCCAUGACGCAUAUGAAGUGGAAAAAUGACACAAGGCUUGCCCAGAACGCAGAAGGGCUUGAUUUAAUUCUGGGUGGCCAUGACCAUGAAUAUGGGAUCAAGAAAGUAAAUGAGACUUGGAUUGUCAAAAGUGGAUCUGAUUUUAAAAAUCUGACAAAAAUAGAUAUACAGCUGUUUGAUGCCUCUUUCCAGUAUGUAUUUGAGAAAGUGGACAUUUUGAGCUAUGUGGAAGAAGAUUCAUAUAUCAAAGCAAUAGUAAGAGAUUUUACUCAAAACAUACAGUAUAUGUUAGAAGAAGUUCUCUGCCCAAUCGACAUGGAAUUGGAUGGCCGUGAAAUUACUGUAAGAAGAUGUGAGAGCAACCUUGGCAACCUGGUGACUAAUGCGAUGCUAGAGGCCACACAUGCUGACGUGGCACUCCUUAAUUCAGGCACUCUCAGGUCUGACAGGAUACACCCGCCAGGGAAUUUCACUCUGCAUGACCUUUUGACCAUACUCCCCAUCGUGGACCCAGUUCUAGUUGUCAGAGCAACGGGUGCACAGCUGCUGGAGGCACUUGAAAACGGGGUCUACAAGUACCCAGCUCUGGAUGGGAGGUUUCCUCAAGUUGCUGGGAUAGAAUUUGGAUUUGAUCCAGAUGCAGAACCAGGCCAUCGAGUCAUAAGAGACACCGUGAAAGUUCAAGGACAGUACUUACAGAGAAAGAAAGCCUAUCUCCUGGCCAUUAAGGAGUACAUUGCAAAUGGGAAGGAUGGCUACAGCAUGUUUAGAAGUUGCCCUCGGAUGUUUGACCCUGAGACCGCUCAGGUGCUGUCAACAGUUGUCAUGAAUCACUUUGAAUCAAUAAAAAUUUUGCAAGGAAAGAAGAAGUGUCUUUCAGGCCAUCGGAUGAGUUUGAUCAUGACAACAAACAAAUCACCAUCCCUCACAGCCUUUGAGGAAGAAACAGAUGAACCAUCAGGAGUAAUUGCAGUGCCUGGCAUAGAAGGAAGAAUCUUCCAUAUUUCUCCAGACAUGAAAGAACAUUUGCACCAACUUAGAACUGCGAGACAGCAAGGCCUGAGAACUUUUUCCACCAUUAGUGACGAUGCACAUGAGAAUUCUGAUUCUGACUAA